ACUCUCAGGUGCAGCAGCGAGUGGUGGAGGCGGCGUUGCGUCUGGCCAACCAAUCGCAGCACGCCAUGUCAGCAGUCGAGAAGCUGGAUCUGCUCCACCCAUUGGUCCAGCAGCUGCAAGGGGUGGCAGGGGAGGGAGAAAUUGGAGCAGAAGGGGGAGGUGAUACUGGUGCGGGUAGAUCUGGGGGAGGUGCAAAUGAGGACGGAGGGGACGCUCUGGCUGCACUAGCAGCAUGUGAACUCAUAUCAGAGUUUGUGAACAGCAGCGUGGGGGCGCAACUGCUUGAACCCCGCAUUGAUGAGAUUCACAGCGCACUCAUCCAGAUCUGCACCACCCACGGCUCUCGUCUGCUGCUGCAUCCCCGUCGCCACGUCAUCACCUUUGUGCUCAAACAUGCGUUUGGGGGCAGUGGGCCCCACCCCUCCCUGCACACUGCGUCCUUGCAUGCAUUGGCUUCCGUCUUUGGAGCAGACAGAGUGGAGGGUAGCGAGCCAGUGCAGAUGGUGGGGGGGGACGGGGAGUCGAAGUUGAAAGAGGAGACGUUUGCCGCUGCUGCUAAAGCGCCGGGAGGACCCACCCUGGCGGUGAGUGUUGGAAAGAUGUCUGCUGAUUAGUCCUUUGUAUUAGAUAGAAGCAGGGUACAGGCAUGGCAAGGGUGUGCAAUAAGUCCAUUUUUUAGUCGACUAAAAAAUGAACUCAUUACACAAAAUCGGUCCUUUGUAUUAGAUAGAAUCGGGGUACAGGCAUGGCAAGGGAACUCGCAUACAGGUGCGGAUGGUCAGUUCCCCUAACCCCCACUUUAUCUUGGGGUGGCAUGGGUGCGGAUGCGGGGGAUGACGGGGAGGCGGAGCUUAAAGAAGAGACGUUUGCCGCUGCGGCUAAAGCACCGGGAGGACCCACUCUCGCGGUGAGUGAAAGCACCUUUAGUGGUCGUUGCUGUGAAGGCUUAUCCUCUUAGUGAGACUUAUCCUUGUAGUUCCUGCUACAGCAGCAGGAGGACCCACUCUGGCGAUCUUUAGUGCCAGUAGGCCGUCUUUUGAGUCGACUCAAAGCCACCUGGCUACAGCAACAGGAGGACCCACUCUGGCGGUCUAUAGUGCCAGUAGGCCGUCUUUAGUGGUCCACUCGUGGAGAUUUCAUCCUGGUCCUACAUGCCAAAGCGCCCUAAGCCUUAGCCUUUUCCGACUAGUGAAGCACCAGGAGGAUCCUCUUUGAGUGUGCGACAUUUGC